UUACCCGUCAUGCCGCGGGUGAGGUGAGGAUGGCUGGCCGUCUGGUGUUGUUGGUGCUGUGGGCUGCUGGCUCCGGGAUGUGCUGGCAGCUGUCCUCCCUCCAAUGCAGCCUGUACCCCAGCAGCUCCUGUGAGUGCGGUUUCCAGCCCAGCUUGGACGCCUUGGAGUGUGACCUUGCUCGGAAUUUGUUUGGGCAGCACCUGGCCCAGGAGCUGGUGGUGAAAGCUCUGAGGGAGUUUGUGGAGACGGAUUACCCCAGCAAGCCGCUUGUAUUAUCCUUCCACGGCUGGAGUGGCACAGGCAAGACGUUCCUGAGUUCCCUGAUGGUGAAACAUUUGUACAGAGAUGGAAUCCGCAGCCCGUACGUCCAUCACUUCUCUCCCAUCCUGGACUUCCCUCAUGCUCAGAAUCUCGAUCAGUACAAGGAGAAUCUCAAACAGUGGAUCCAGGGUAACCUCACUGCUUGUGGCCGAUCCUUGUUCCUGUUUGAGGAGAUGGACAAAAUGCACCCGGGGCUCAUUGAUGUCAUCGUCCCCUUCCUGGGCCCGUCGUGGGUGGUGUUUGGCUCAAAUUACAAGAAGGCUAUAUUUAUCUUCAUAAGCAAUUCAGGAGGAGAUGACAUCAAUCGGGUAGCUCUGAAAUUCUGGAGAGAACGCCGGGACAGAGAAGAGAUCCAGCUGAGCGAUGUAGGGCCGGCUAUAGCCAACGCUGUGAUAUCAGACCGUGAACAUGGCUUCUGGCGGUCCGAGAUCAUCAAGCAGAACCUCAUAGACUUCAUUGUGCCUUUUUUACCCCUGCGUCCUAACCACGUCAGACAGUGCGUUCGCAGUGAGCUGGUACAGCAACGCUUGGCGAAUGAGAGAGAUAUUGUUCAGUCUGUGGCAGACAGUCUGGUUUACAUUCCUGAAGCCGAAAAGGUUUUCUCAUCGACGGGCUGCAAAACAAUCCCAUCUCGCAUCAACUACUACCUUUGAGUGUCUGCCCUGCGUACAGGUAGAGGAGACUUGGAGACAUCUCUAUACAAUGAGCCAAGCUUUGUCUCUCUAGAAACACCUCCGAGUCUCCCCUUGGUGGGAGAUAGUGGCUGCUACGUCACCCGGCGUCUAGUUAUCUAGGGAGGCUGCUGAUUGCUACGUACAAAGUUCAGUGUGUUAUGAUGGCUCUGUGGAAAUAUUACCGGAUAAGUGACCUGUUUACAAGGACU